AUGAUUAACUCAUUUACAACUUCAUCAAAAGUUGAUGCAACUGCUCCAGGGAUUUUCAAAACGAAAUGUUUCUUAAAGAUAUAUUUUCAACAAGGACGAAGGGAUAAAAAUGAAACUGUCAAAGUUAAUGAACAUGGGGUAAGACUUAUAUUUCAUUGGACCUAUAGAAUUUUUGAUGGAUUUUGUAUGAAGCUGUGCGGCCAUAAUGUAAAGAUGGUGAUCUGCACAACGCAUGGAAAAUCGAUUUUAUUAUUUGAACAAAAGCUGAUAAUGCCAUUAAAGGCGAGCGACAAACAUCAAUGA